AUGACUUCGGAGACGAAUAACAAUCCAAAACAGUCAACACCAAUCGGCAAUGCAAAUAUACAAGAUAAUGCAACAAUUAACAAUGUUGAAGAGGUAGUUGACACAAAUGCUCAACAACAUCCUCAAAAUAAGAGAAAAGGAAGUGUGGCGUGGGAUCAUUUUGUACAGAUGACAGUGAAUGGACAAGUCAAGGCACAAUGUAACCAUUGCAGGGCUUUACUUGGAGGUAAAUCAAAAAAUGGCACUAAACAUCUACUCGAUCAUAUGAAAGUGUGCAAAGCUAAGAAUCAACCAGACAUUCGACAAAGACUCUUGGCAAGCAACUUGAAGUCCGAUUUAACGACAUACGUUUACAAUGAGAAAGAUGGACGAAAUGCUCUUGCUAAAAUGGUCAUUUUACACGAGUAUCCUUUUGCAAUUGUUGAUCAUAUCGGCUUUAAGACUUUUACAAGAACCAUUCAACCACUAUUCAAGUGUCCUUCUCGCAACACACUGAAGAACGAUAUCAUCAAGUUGUAUGAGCAACAAAAAGAUCAAGUUAUUAAAGAUUUGGAAAAUAAUGGAAGUAGAGUGGCUAUUACAACCGAUAUGUGGACUUCAAGUAAUCAAAAGAAAGGGUUUAUGGCUAUCACGACUCAUUUCAUUGAUAAUGAGUGGAUUCUAAGAAGUAAAAAUCUUAAGGUUAUAAUAUUUAUUUUAUAA